AUGGACCGAUUCGGUGAUGAUUUGUGUGAAGUAAUCGUCGAUUAUCUGCCAAUCGGUGAUAAACUGAGAUAUGAAUGCAUUUCAAAGCAAUUCAAACGAUUGCUGUUUAAUAGACAUCGGGUUCUCGUCUUAAGCGAGACAUCGCUGACGGGUUUCGACGAUAAUGUGGACACAAUCAGCCAGGUGUUGACCACAAGUCGUGAAUACAAACGUCUGUUUAAUAUUGAGAUCCAUUUGUUCCGCCAAUUGGUGGCGAAGUUGCCGUGGAUUCAAGUGCUGGUGAUCGACAACUACUGCAUAAUCGACGGCAAUGUCUUGAGAGCCAUUGGCGACAAUUGCCGGCAUUUGCGGCGAUUUGUCUGCACUUCAAUCAAAUGCAUGGAUAUAUCGGACGAAGACUUGAGAUAUUUUGGUCAACAGGUGUCCGCAACUCUACGGUCACUACAGUUUGAUUGUCUGCAAGACUUUCAGUUGAAUCUGAUCUUAAGACUCACCAGAAAUAGCAUUAGAUCCGUGAAUAUACAGAACAAUAACUUCAUUGUAAGCAAUGAUUUCGUUUUCCUUGACUUUCAUCCGGCGAGUGAUUCACGCGAUGGCAACCAUAUCUCGCAAUUGUGUCCAAAGUUGGACACCAUUUACAUCACCUGUUAUAGUGUCGAAGACCUCAAACGCUUUGCAGAUUAUUAUUCGCAAAAUAUCCGCAAAAUUGAGAUCAAAUUCGUGUCUAACUAUAUGUUGGGAGAUGUGAUGAACGCCGGCCUCAAACAACUGUCCCGUUUCGUGAACCUCCAGUCCCUAACGCUUCUCAUAUAUAACUACCAGAAAGGGUUUAUCGCACCCAUCGAUGAGGGGCUCCGUAUGAUUGGCACCAAUUGUCCAAAACUCGAGCACUUUGUCUGCGAAAUGACUAAAAAUCUGAUUUCCGGUCAAUUGUUUCAAGUGUUGUCCCCUUUCUGUGCGCUCAAGACAUGCAAAAUCAGUACCACUUAUGAGAUAUACGACACGCGAGACCCGUACGGCACAGUCGCCCAGUUAGCCCAUUGCAAGCAUUUAAAGCAUAUCACACUUUACCUCAAAUACUUAAGUGACAAACAUUUGUCUCAUAUUCACCUCUCUUUACCGCAUUUGCAGACAUUUAAAGUGAAUACAAGUAAUGGUUUUAUUGGCGACAAAACUCUUGAAUCAUUGGCUCAGUUGCCACGACUGACUACCGUUGAGAUCAGUGGCACGAGUCCUGCGCUCAUUAACAUCACAGAUGAAGGUGUCUGUCCACUGGUCAUUAAAUGUCCACUACUCAGACAAUUGUGUCUUUUUUGUAAGACUUCUGUCGGCAAACAAAGUGUCGAUCAGUUUAUAUCAAUCGCUCGAAAAUAUCCCAAAAAUAUUUACAAGUAUUUCUAUGAAUGUAAUCACGACUUAUGCUCUGAAAUACCCAUUAAUUAUGAACUGACUGGCCAUCCGGUGCCGCAAAAUCUUCAGAUCUUCCAAAUCUGA